UCACAGCGUUGCCUGUGCUGGCAUGGAAAUUACCAGGUUAAUCAGAUGGAAGAAAACUUUUGAACAGAAUAGUAGAUUUAUGUUUGGGAAACCGAAAAUCGUCAAUGAGGAAGUGAAACUCAUCAGAGGUACUUUCCCGAGGAAGGGAAUUUAUAACCAACAUAUACGACAGUCACACAAUCGAAUGCAUUAGAUCAGCAAUAUCGAAACUGAAAAAUCACCGAAGUUCGAAACACCCUUGAUGAUGUAAGCGCCGGGCUGAGUUCCAAAUGCUAUGAUGUCGAGUUUCAGGAGUAUUACAUCUUAGAAUUGUCGACCAAACGCGGAGUCGGAAAAUUUACCAUCACUCGAAUUUAUACGCAGCGUGGAAAAGUAUGUCGAACUCAUCCAAUCAGCCCGCGUAUCAACGUUUUGAUACAGCAGAGAUUCUGGCAGAAUUCCUGGACUCUCCUUCGGAUCAUCAUAACUUGGUUACUACGGACUCUAGCCCUGUUGUAUCGCCCAACUUUCUAUCACAGCUAGUAAUGCAUAAUGAACCACAAUACCUCAACCCCCUUCAGCCUGGUUGCCCCUCACCGCCAGACAGCGAAAGAACAAACACACCUUCUCCCUUUGCAACUCACACCGUUCAAACACACAAUACCCUCCCAGAUGGGAACUUCGUUUGCGAACCCCUUAUUCCGAGUGCUGGACCGUCCGGUGCGGAUUUACGAGCGCCUUGUCAGUACCAGACUUUCAGCCUUCCGCGUGAUCGUGUAGGAGGAACCAAUUUUGUCCGAUACUCAGAUAGAAGAGUUCAGGUGACCCAUGCCCAUUGCAAUGAAGCGAAUAUCAAGAUCCUUAAUCCGCGGGCAGAAUACGACAAAGUGCAGAGAAAGCACGGACAUAGAGGGAAAUUUUCAGAGCAAAGAGUAGCAAAAGGAAAGGUUGAGAUGGAAAUAGACACACAGCUGCCUCUUCGUCAACUAGAAGUUUAUGUGUUGCGUGAUUUUGAAGCUGAAAAGAAGCUCUACAGUAAAGACCCAAAAGCAUACGGAGUAGGAGAGAUACGAUUUCCUGAGAAGGAUGUCCAAGAAAUGAAUACUCUUGGUCAAAACUCCAAGUACGUUUGCAAAAUCGACCUUGACUCCGUGUACAAAACAGAGGAUGGUAGGGAGAUUUACCGACUGGAAAAGACGAGAGGCUUAGAAUUCAACCGAUUCUUUCUAAAAGUCUUCCUCGAGUUAAACAAUGGACAGAAGUUGGUCCUUUUCCCUUAUGAGUUUGUACUAAAGAGCAGCAAGACCGUGAAAGUUCCGAGGGAACCUCAAAAUGUCCUCUCACCUCAAACAGCUUGCUCUUUAACCUCUCCUCGUCAAGGUCCUCCAGAUAGCCGGUAUGAAAGCUUUAUAUGCCAACAAAUCGAAGCGGAUAUAGCUAAGAUAAAAGACCUCGAAGUUGAACAGAUAAAAACAGCGAACCACGACAUCGCUUACUACGUCAAACGGCAGAAUGAAAGUCAAUUUGAGGAAGGUGACGUGGUGGGAUUCUUUGAAAGAAAAACAGGAGGCACUGUUAUCGAUUUCUUGACCAGUGAUAAUGCUCAUGAAGCCCGGCUGGCUGGUGUAAUAAGUAGGUCAGCGUACCUAGUCGGGAACACAGGGCAAUAUGACGAAGAAGAAGAUGAUGCUGAUCUUGUGUGCAUCAUCGGACAGAUUAAAGUGAAAGUCAUUGGCGAAGUGACACCUGGACAACUGGUUUACGCUUGCCCCAGUAAUAAGUUCCCAGGGGUGGCAAUUGCCACACCAGAACAAGGAGACGAUCGACGAACCUUGAUCGGCUAUGCUAUGGGUGGAUCGUCUGGUCCUGGGGUUUCCAAGGUGGACUGCAUUGUGUCUUUAGUACUGAGCAUCGGUGCGCAGGAGCAGUUACGAGCGUUGGAUCAAAUGAGACUAAGUAUCGAGGAAGUGAGGGAAAACCUGUACACUAGUAUAGAUACGGUUGGUUUUAGAAUUGCAAGAAUGCAAAGAGGCUGGAGAGGGUUGUGGAAAAAACUGCUUGCAGUAACUGUAUUCCUGGCAAUCGCAUCUGCCGUUUGUGCCCUGAUGUUAGCUCCAAGUUCUCCAUACGUCAAAGCCAAGUGCAGAGCUAAUAGUAUUAAAGGCCACUCGCUCACCUUUAAAUUCUAUCCUAAGGAUUCGGACGACGAAGUUAUUGUGAAAGGGUUGGAGUUUACAUGGGAAAAGCUGAAAAAGAAAUUAAGCCUGAGAUUCGACAAAAAAAAUGGAACAGAGGAAUACCGUUACUUUCUGAACAAGAUUCGCUGUGAAACCGGUGGAAUUCGUUCUGUUGCAUCAUGGCUUGAUCCGUCACCAGUGGAACCCAAGGUCAAUGUGCUUGCCGUAGAUCCUGCCUGUAAGGAGGUCUUCUACCACAGUCGGAAGGAUGGGAAAUGGCAACAGUACCAAGCUGUGGAAGACGUUCAUUGUAAUCAUUAA